UGCACGUCAUUUCCUCCUGUGUGGUUUCUGACUUUUAAAAAAGUUUUAAAGCAGUGUGAUUAUGACGAUGGGUGUGCAAUUUGCCUGUGAUACUGAGUGGAGAAUGAAUGGUCAUGUAAAGAGUAUGCAGUUUAUGGAACCAGCAACAACAUUACUCUCUCUCCUGCUGGUUAUGGCUUUUGAUUCAACAAGAACUGUGGCAGCAAGUAGAAACCAGCAGUGUGGGAAUUCUCUGCAGCAGACCUUCAAGCUGACCAGACUCAUACAGAAGGAAUCUGUCAACCUAAUCAAAACAUAUAAAGCGUCUCAAGGAGAAAUGUCAGAGCUCUUCUGCAAGGUGUCGGUUAACAACGUCCCUGACCCCAACAUCUCCGGCAUGGAGCCCUCAGAGAGGAUAGUGAGCAUCUACACGCAUCUCCAAGACUUCUUCCCACACUUCAAACGGGUGUACGAGCAGCAGACAGACUUACAGUCACCCACGAGCCCACUGCUGAGGGAGCUCAGCCGUGUCAGCGCUCACAGCAGGAGCCUGGUUGCUCUCAUAAGCAGCUUCUAUCAGAGCCUCUUCCCAAACCUGCCUUUACCAGAGCCAGCAGGAGGGCCGACAACACUACCUCCACCUCAGAACGUCUUCCAGCAGAAGGUGUACGGCUGUGUGGUCCUGAAGACCUAUAAGGAGCUCCUGUCAAAUGUUUCUCGAGAGCUGAGGACUCUAAAAAGCAAAGUGUGCAGAAGGAGGAUACAAAUAAACACACUCUUCUGAGGAUGACCUAAGGCUGGCCUUAGACAGUCAGUUUUCAACAACACGUAUACUCACUGGGUUGAAAAAGACUUUAGACAGAUAAGUGAGUAUGAAGGUGGCUGGUACAUUAGUGUGAUGAAGCCUAUUUAUGGUAUUUAAUAUUUAUUUUCUUGUUUCUGAUGAGAGGAAUGCUGUUAAAAUAUCAAGAGUGUGAAGGUUUCUCUAUGCAAGUGAUGUAUAUUUAAUUUGUCUAAUAUGUUAUGUAAGGUUCUACUUUGCUGAUGUAAACUUAUUCGCUGUAUACAGAAUUAUUAAAAGAUACUUUGCAGCUGUA